UGCCACUUCAUUUUCUCAACCUCCAAGUCCACCCCCACCUCCUAUAUCCAUUUCAAAGCUUCUCCUGUUGCUGACAACUCAAAGUUUUCUAUACAAACUUUGAGCUUUUCCCCAGUAUUGUAAGUGGCCUGCGCUCCACAUGGGGAGGCACUCUUGCUGCUACAAGCAGAAGCUGAGGAAAGGCCUGUGGUCUCCCGAGGAAGAUGAGAAACUUCUGAUGCAUAUUACCAAGUAUGGACAUGGGUGUUGGAGCUCCGUCCCUAAACUGGCAGGUUUGCAGAGGUGUGGGAAGAGCUGCAGGCUAAGAUGGAUUAACUACCUGAGGCCUGAUUUGAAGAGGGGAGCAUUCUCACAACAGGAAGAGAGCCUGAUAAUUGAACUCCAUGCAGUUCUAGGCAACAGAUGGUCGCAGAUUGCAGCUCAAUUACCGGGAAGAACGGAUAAUGAAAUAAAAAAUUUGUGGAACUCCUGCAUUAAGAAGAAGCUUAGACAAAAAGGCAUCGACCCCAACACUCACAAACCGCUUGUGGAGGCUGAGAACGGACAAGACAAGCUGCCUAAUUCCGAUAAAAGCAAUGAAAAAGCCAAUGAACUGAACCUUGUUGAGGCCGAGAAUUUAAAGCCACUUUCAACUGCUGCGGAGCAGUAUCCAGUUGAAGUUUCUCCCAGUUCCAAGAUCAACAGCAGCAGCAAUGGAAACAAUUUGACACCACCCCAACCCACCCAGGAAUUCUUCCUAGAUAGAUUCGUUACCUCCCAUGAAAGCUCCACCACCAGCUGCAGGCCUUCUGGCUUGGUGGGGCAUUUCUCUUUUCAGCAGUUGAAUUAUGGGCCCAAUAUUGGGCUCUCAGUGAACCCUAAUGCCACUCUCUCCUUCAAUCCAAACUCCAGGUCUCCUGAGAUCAUUUCUGAAUUCAGUUCUAGUAUGACACCCACCAUUCUCCCAUCCAUGUUGAGCACAAUUCUCCCCACCCCAACAAGAAUUAAGCCUUCCAUUAGUCUUCCCUCCAGUAAUCCUUCAAUAGGCUCUUUUGAUGUGAACGGAGUCCAGAACUGGGAAGUCGGCACCUUCAGUAAUAAUGCCAGCAGCAGCAAUGGGAGCAGGAACAGUAUUGAACUGCAAAGUAAUAGUGCUUUCUUUGAGAACAACUUCUUCUCAUUGGGACUGGCAGAUUGCGGAAAAUCUGAUAAAGAAAACCAAAUCCAUAUGUUGGAAGGUGAUCCUGAAGACAUCAAAUGGUCUGAGUAUCUCCAUACCCCAUUUCUAUUGGGAACCACACUACAGAACCAAAGCCCUCAACCUAUCUAUAGUGAGACUAAGCCAGGAAUACAUUUCACAACAGAUGGGUCAAGUACUGGCUGGCAUCAGAACCAGCAGGAACAACCCAUACAAGCUUCAGCUGACAUAUAUACCAAGGAUCUCCAGAGACUUGGUGUGGCUUUUGGACAGAUUUGUUAACUUGUAUUUAACAUGUGGAGCCUCUAAUUCAAGGGACGAGAGAAUCACGGGGGGUUUUCAGUCCAAGAAGGAUUUGGAAAAAACAUCUUCUGGUCAGGUGUGUGCUAUAGAAUUUUCUUAUGAUUUUGUAAAUAGGUCUGAUACAAAAGGGCUGAGCUAUUUCUUAAUGAAUAUUUGUAAUGGAAACAAGCUUCUGUUCAUCUUUUUUCAUGGGAGUAUGGUAUGGAAUAAGGUUUCUUUUGAUGUCUAUUCCUCUUCUAUGCUUCAUUUGUUUCGGAUUCAUAGGUUGUGAUUCUGUCCCUGUAAGCAAUCAAAAGGCUUUUGUCUAGAGCUUCUGAGUUUUUUUGCCAGUAUCAUGGCUUUUGCCUACACAGUAAGAAAUUCAAAAUCCAUGGA